CGAUGCAGCUGCCGCCCGGGCUCCACGCCCGCCUACGGGGCCCGCCCGGGGCGGCCGAGCCGCUGCCUGUGGAGCGGGACCCCGCGGCCGGGGCCUCGCCCUUCCACUUCGCGGCGCGCCGGGUGCGCUUCCCGCGGGAGCACGAGUUCUUCGAGGACGGGGACGUGCAGCGACACCUCUACCUGCAGGACGUGCUCACGCAGGUGGCAGAGGAGCCCGAGAGGCCCAGGGUGCCCGAGUUCACCUGCCAGGUGGCGGGGUGCUGCCAAGUGUUCGACAGCCUGGAGGACUAUGAGCACCACUACCACACUCUGCACAGGAACGUCUGCUCCUUCUGCAGACGAUCCUUCCCCUCGCUCCACCUGCUGGACGUCCACAUCCUGGAGUGGCAUGACUCCUUGUUCCAGAUCCUGUCCGAAAGGCAGGACAUGUAUCAGUGCCUGGUGGAAGGCUGUGCAGAGAAGUUCAAGACCAGCAAAGACAGGAAGGAUCACCUGGUGCGGCGUCACCUCUACCCUGCCGACUUCCGAUUCGAUAAACCAAAGAAAAGCAAAGGCCCAGCCACGCCCAGGGCCACCGUACAGGGGUCAGCAGAAGCUCUGGGGGAUGACGGGGAGCAGUCGGGAGGGGACGCCAUGGAAGUCAGCUCUGAACACGCGGCCCCCCUCCCAGAGCCCGUGGCCGAACGGCGGACCUACAGCCACAGAAUACCUUCUACCAUCUGCUUCGGUCAAGGGGCGUCGCGAGGAUUUAAAAGCAGCAAGAAAAAAAAGAAUCAGCAGUGACCAUGUGGUCAGAAAGCCACGGGCCUCCAAGCAGACCCCAAGGGGGGCAGGUGACCUCCACAGGACACCGUGUCAGUAGUGCGAUGUCUCCGCCUUCCGCAUGGCUGCCCCGAGACCCUGGUCCCUGUCACCCUGGAUGUCGGUCCUCGGCGAAUGACCACGUGACCGCGGGAACAGUGACGGACCCACCGGCUGUGCUCUGGCGAGUGCAGCCGGGACCAACCGUGCGCCACCCUCUGCAGGGGCUGUCCUGAGGACGCGCUUUGUAAAUACGUAAAUAUUUGUCACUCAUGGUA